AUGGCGGGCCAAGAAGGCUAUUUUCACUUGUUUUCCUCGCUGCCUGCCGAAAUAAGACUCGAGAUCUGGCAGUAUACCUGCUGCCAACCACGUGUGGUGGAAGUAUACUAUGAUGCAGCGCAGGACAUAUGCACGACCAACACACCUCAACCCGCGGCUCUUCAUGUAUGCACCGAGUCUAGACGUGAAGCCUCCCGCGUCUACAAGCCGCUCUUUGGUACAAUCAGUUACGCCGCAAACAUAUACUUCCAUCCCGAUCUGGACACACUCUACAUACCGCGACCAACGUAUAUGGGAUACGACGACAAUGCCAGGGAUUUCACGCAACUUGUGACGGGCGCAGCGGAUAUUUCCAACCUGGCUCUCGACCAUGUAAACCCUGCCAUUAGGAAACCAUGGGAAACGUACAACAAGUACGCCUUGAUGCAGAGCUUCCCGAGAGUUUCGGAGGUCUAUCUGGUCCUGGACUCCAACUCGGAGAAUGGCGUCGAGAAUGACAGGGCCAAGCACGGAUUCCUGAGGCUUGCCGAACCAGCCCGCGACUCCUCCGAAGUAUGUAAACUGCUUCAAGACAUCAAGAUGUCCUUUGCCUAUGAGGUUGGCGCGGAUUUCGGGUUUGAUGACAAGACCGAGGGAGCGCCCCAGCAGCCUGCGUUGGUUCUCAAGUCCAGAGUGGAAACCGAUUACCUAAGGUUACUGUGA